AUGAGUAAACAACAGCCGUGUGCCCAUUUGUCAGCUGUGCAUCAUGCAUCAUUGCACGAUUUUAAACUUGAUGAGAACAAUGCCUGCGCCAAUUGUCAUUAUGCGGGUCCGAAUUUAUGGAUAUGCCUUUACAAGAAAUGUAUGUUGGUGGGUUGCAGUGAACAGGCCAAUGACCACAGUACCGAACAUUUCCAGCGCAGCAAAGAUAAGUCGCUGCACUGCAUCCACAUGAAUUUAUCCUCACAACGGGCGUGGUGUUAUCUGUGUGAACGUGAGGUACCCAUUAGUGGUGUGGAGCGUCCAGCCCAAAUUGUUGAUCCGGUGUUGCGUGCAAUGCGCUACUCGGACGAGGAAAAUGAUUCGGAUUAUGGUAGCGGUAGCAGUGUGGCUAGUGGUCUAGUGGGUCUGCAAAAUAUUGCAAAUACCUGCUAUAUGAACUCCGCCAUCCAGGCCCUGAGUAAUGUGCUGCCAAUGACGCACUAUUUUUUGAAUUGUGGUGAUUUAAUGGAUCACACCUUGGAACAGGGUGCCCAUCGUUGCAAGGCCGGCCUGGCCAAGAGCUAUCAACGUUUGAUGCGUGACAUGUGGCGUAAACGCGACGAGGGUAAGACAUUUUUGGCACCACGCAGCAUUUUGUACGGCAUACGAAGUGUCCAUCCCAUGUUUCGCGGAUUCCAGCAACAUGAUACCCAGGAGUUUUUGCGCUGUUUUAUGGACCAGCUGCAUGAGGAGCUAAAGGAGACCGCUCUGAGUUAUGAACCGAAUAAAAGAAAACAUUCCAUUAAGGAGAAUGAGGAUGAAGAUGAUAGCAUGUCGGGGAUAAGCUCAACAUCUAGUUCAAGCCAAAACUUGGAUACCAAUUAUGUAACCUGUGACAGUUCCAAUUCGGAACAGUCUAGUCUAUGUGAGAAUUUUGUGGGUUCUACUAGUCAAAAGGGGGCACCAAAGGUAGUACAGCAAUCAGCUGCUGCGGCUCCACCUGUUGCAAUGGUGGGUAAGAUGUUAUCUUCAAGCACUGCAACCACUACGGUGCGCUCCAUUGUCAGCGAAAUAUUCGAUGGUAAACUCUUGUCAUCGGUCCAAUGUCUGACAUGCGAUCGCAUUUCCACCCGUGAGGAAACAUUCCAAGAUCUAUCGCUGCCCAUACCAAAUCGAGAUUUCCUCAAUGUUCUACAUCAAACCAAUAGCAUGAGUGUUCAAAGUUUAAAUUCCAUUGAUUCGACGGCUACUACAAGUACAGCGGCGGCGGCAAGGGCUCAAGAGGGUUGGAUCUCCUGGCUGUGGAAUAUUGUACGCUCAUGGCUGUGGGGUCCCUCGGUGACGCUACACGACUGUAUGGCCAAUUUCUUUAGUGCCGAUGAGUUAAAGGGCGACAACAUGUACAGCUGUGAGAAGUGUAACAAGCUACGCACUGGUGUGAAAUAUUCCAGGGUCUUGGAGCUGCCCGAAGUCUUGUGUAUCCAUUUGAAGCGUUUUCGCCACGACUUAUCGUAUAGCUCAAAAAUAUCUGCCCAUGUGGAAUUUCCAUUGGAGAAUUUCGAUAUGCAUCCCUAUAUCCAUAAGGAUUGUAAAUCGCAGGUGGCCAUGUACAACUUGACUUCGGUUAUUUGUCACCAUGGCACAGUGGGUGGUGGCCACUAUACAUGUUUUGCCCGGAAUUUUUGCAACAAUCGCUGGUAUGAAUUCAAUGACCAUCAUGUGAAUGAGGUAUCUGCCGAUACGGUGGCCAAUUGCCAGGCUUAUGUGCUGUUCUAUCAGAAGCAUAACCCUCAAAUGGAGCUGUUGCGUUUCGAAGCCAAUGAACUUUCGGCCGCGUAUCCGGUGUCGCAAUCGGAUAUCAGAUUUUAUAUAUCACGUGAAUGGUUGGCCCGUUUCAAUACCUUCUCAGAGCCGGGUGCCAUCAGCAAUUGGUCCAUGUUGUGUCCCCACGGAGGGGUAUUGCAUACCAAAAUUAAUAUGAUUCAACAAUUAGCAGUGCCAAUAUCCCAAAAUUUGUGGGAAUUUUUAUAUAGUAAAUUUGGUGGUGGUCCCGCCAUAAAUAUGCUGUUCGAGUGUGAGGUUUGCAAGCGGGCAGCUGAGGCCUUGGCCCAAAGGCAACACUAUGAACAUUCGGUUUUUCAGCGGUACAAUGGUUUGGAUGGUGAGCUGGAUUCGGCGGGAGCCAUAUAUGCCAUAUCGAUGUCUUGGCUGCGCAAGUGGCAACAAUUUGCCAAGGGGAUAACCCACAAAGAACCGGGGCCGAUAAAUAAUGCCAACAUUGUGGCGGGUGGCAACAAGGAUGCCGCAGUGAAACACUCGCCUAUGAGGAGUGUGAGAUUGGGGUCAGAUUAUGUACAAAUUAGUGCGCCCCUAUGGCGUUUCUUGCAUGACAUCUAUGGUGGUGGACCGGAGGUGUUGUUGAGGCCAUCAUUGACCGAGGAAAUUGUCAUUAUUGAUGAAGAUGAAUUGAUUGACGAUGACGACGGAGAUGAUGAUGAUAUGAUGCAUGGUAAUGUCUCAGAUACGGAAAGUAAUAUGGGUUACAAUAAUUAUCAUCAUGAAGUUGCUGCCGCCGCCUCGCAACGCAACUACCCUGCGGAGAAUUUAAUAAUAAAUGAACAACAUGAAGAGGAUGAGGAGGAGGAAUCUGAGGAGGAGAAUGAUGAUGGCGGAAAUUACAAUCCCAAAGAUACUGAAAUACAUUCCCCCGUACCACCACACAAUGGUGUAAAGGAAACGUCUAACGUACAAGAUGAAGAUGCAUUGAACCACAAUAACCACAGCAACAAUAAAAAAUCCCAAUAUACUGCUGGAGCCACAAUAUACAAAUCGAAAAAAUAUACCCUACGCAAUGACAAAUAUCAAAAUCAACAACAACAACGACAUCGUAAAUCGUCCACAUCUACAGCUGGACAUUCAAAUCCCGAUGAUGCCACAAAUGAUUCACGACAAGCGAUAAAAAAGGGCAAAACGAAACAUGCCGUAGUACUAAAGAAUUUCCAAACUUUGGAAAAUGAUACAGCAGCCAAUAAUGAUUCCAAUGAAACUGAUGUUUAG